CCUGCCGGCCGGCAGUCAGUUCGGCAGAAGCGCUCGAACGAUAAGCAACUCCUGGAGCAGUGGCGGAACAACGCUCUCGGGGAGCGUUUUGUGAACAAGUUGGGUGAGAAGUUGAAACCGGUGCAGUGUUCGGUUUGGGGCCAGGAGGAUUUGGGGCAAGUUUUUUUUUGUUUGCUACUGUGAGUGUGUGCCCGUGUUAAGUGUGAGCUCAGUGCUAUAAUAGGAACGUCUACGUCGUUCCACGAGUCAAGAUCAAGAUGCGGCUGAACUGCAGAUGGCUGCUGCUAUCGCUGCUGGCACUUUUCGCCGAAGCGAGAGAUGAACGGGCAUACCGUGGAGGGAAAGCUGAUUACAGGAAAGCAGAUCGCAAGGGAGAAACACAGUUUCAGCAUCAGAAAACUAUUGACGGAGCGGUGCUGGGAUGUUACGGUUACGUCGAUGGGCAGGGAAAAAUGUUUGUCACACACUAUUUGGCCGAUGGGUCUGGGUACCGAAGUGUGAGUUUAUCUGCUCCGGAUAAAAUGACACGGGAACGGUUGAAGCUGUUGAGGAACGGUGAGGAUGGCCCAGCUGCUGAAUUAUUUCCCGUCGACUGCACGGAGGAAGGCGAUCUGGGACGUUUGAAGAAUAUGGCCGAAAAGAUAAAGAAGGAUUUCGAGAGUAGCAAUGGUGAGGAUGAACCGCAGAGGAAUGCGCCUUCUUAUGAUGGGAAGGAAAGGGCGAGCAGGCCGAAAGAAAGCGACAAACCUAUGGAAAGCAGCGACAUAAGAGAUGAUGCGAUUCAACCGAAAAAAGAAUCUGCACAGGCGGUGCCAGCUGAUGCUCCUAAUAAAACGGGUAAUCGUCUGAUUAAUGUGAGGGAUCCAAGUUCCUUUAGAAGGCCAGUAAAGAAACCUGCAGGAAGCGCAAAGUCUCCAAUUGCUCAAGAACCGUUCCCACAACCAUCCAGUGAUGUAAUGUCAGUACCGGCAUCUAAGCCGAAGCAAGUACCAAGCUCUGAAAAGCAGUCAAACCAAGUUGAUGAACCACAGCCGAAAAAUAAAGUGGAGAAACCAACAGACAAGAAACCAAGUACGUUAGCCAAGCCAAAUAGAAGACCGCAACCAGAUAAUAUUCCGAAAAGUAACUCCGUUGAUUCAGAAGCGAUUAAACCUAACAAAGAACUGAACCUGACACCCCAGCAAGUCCAACCCGAGGUACAAGCCAAGAAAGCAUCUCAAAAGCCUGACGGCAAGCACAAGAAGCCCAGCGAGAACUCCAAGUCGUCAGAGGAUCCUGAAAAUCAACAAGACGAUCUGAGCUCAGAGAAACCUGAGGACAAGGCAGCCGAAGAGUCUGAUGACCCCAAGCAAUCACCCAAAUCAGCGAAGGAACCGAGCAAGUCACAGCCCAAGAAGGGAUCUGAUAAGCCUGACAGCAAGAACAAGAAGCCCAGCGAGGACUCCAAGUCAUCGGAGGAUCCUGAAAAUCAACAAGACGAUGUGAGCUCAGAGAAACCUGAGGACGAGGCAGCCGAAGAGUCUGAUGACCCCAAGCAAUCAUCCAAAUCAGCGAAGGAACCGAGUAAGUCACAGCCCAAGAAAGGAUCUGAUAAGCCUGACAGCAAGAACAAGAAGCCCAGCGAGGACUCCAAGUCAUCGGAGGAUCCUGAAAAUCAACAAGACGAUGUGAGCUCCGAGAAACCUGAGGACGAGGCAGCCGAAGAGUCUGAUGACCCCAAGCAAUCACCCAAGUCAGGAAAGGAACCGGGCAAGUCACAGCCCAAGAAAGGAUCUGAUAAGCCUGACAGCAAGAACAAGAAGCCCAGUGAGGACUCCAAGUCGUCGGAGGAUCCUGAAAAUCAACAAGACGAUGUGAGCUCCGAGAAUCCUGAGGACAAGGUAGCCGAAGAAUCUGAUGACCCCAAGCAAUCAUCCAAAUCAGCGAAGGAACCGAGCAAGUCACAGCCCAAGAAGGGAUCUGAUAAGCCUGACAGUAAGAACAAGAAACCCAGUGAGGACUCCAAGUCGUCGGAGGAUCCUGAAAAUCAACAAGACGAUGUGAGCUCAGAGAAACCUGAGGACGAGGCAGCCGAAGAAUCUGAUGACCCUAAGCAAUCACCCAAGUCAGGAAAAGAACCAAGCAAGUCGCAACCCAAGAAGGGAUCUGAAAAGCCGAACAGCAAGAACAAGACGCCUAGCGAUGACUCAGUGUCGUUGGAGGAUUAUGAAGAUCAACUAAACGGUGAAAGCUCAAUUAAACCUGAAGACGAGGCUUCCGGAGAGUCUGAUGUGGAAGAACUUGACAGUAAGAUAAAGGAGCCCAGCGAGGAAUCGAAGUCUUUGGAGGAUUAUGAUGAGCAACAAGACGAUGUGAGCUCAGGUAAUGCUGAAGACGAAACAGCUCAAGAGUCUGAUGACCCCAAGCAAUUACCCAAGUCAGGGAAGAAACCGAGCAAGUCGCAGCCCAAGAAGGGAUCUGAAAAGCCUGACAGCAAGAACAAGAAGCCCAGCGAGGACUCCAUGUCAUCGGAGGAUCCUGAAAAUCAACAAGACGAUGUGAGCUCCGAGAAACCUGAGGACGAAGCAGCCGAAGAAUCUGAUGACCCCAAGCAAUCACCCAAGUCAGGAAAGGAACCAAGCAAGUCGCAGCCGAAAAAGGGAUCUGAAAAGCCUGACAGCAAGAACAAGAAGCCCAGCGAGGACUCCAAGUCAUCGGAGGAUCCUGAAAAUCAACAAGACGAUGUGAUCUCAGAGAAACCUGAGGACGAGGCAGCCGAAGAGUCUGAUGACCCCAAGCAAUCACUCAAAUCAGCGAAGGAACCGAGCAAGUCGCAUCCCAAGAAGGGAUCUGAAAAACCUGAGAGCAAGAACAAGAAGCCCAGCGAGAACUCCAAGUCAUCGGAGGAUUCUGAAAAUCAACAAGACGAUGUGAGCUCCGAGAAACCUGAGGACGAGGCAGCCGAAGAGUCUGAUGACCCCAAGCAAUCACAAAAGUCAGGAAAGGAAUCGAGCAAGUCACAGCCCAAGAAGGUAUCUGAUAAGCCUGACAGCAAGAACAAGAAGCCCAGCGAGGACUCCAAGUCAUCGGAGGAUCCUGAGAUUGAACAAGACGAUGUGAGCUCAGAGAAUCCUGAGGACAAGGUAGCCGAAGAGUCUGAUGACCCCAAGCAAUCAUCCAAAUCAGCUAAGGAACCGAGCAAGUCGCAGCCCAAGAAAGGAUCUCAAAAGCCUGAGAGCAAGAACAAGAAGCCCAGCCAGGACUCCAAGUCAACGGAGGAUCCUGAAAAUCAACAAGACGAUGUGAGCUCAGAGAAACCUGAGGACGAGGCAGCCAAAGAGUCUGAUGACCCCAAGCAAUCGCCCAAAUCAGCGAAGGAAUCGAGCAAGUCGCAGCCCAAGAAGGUAUCUGAAAAGCCUGACAUCAAGAACAAGAAGCCCAGUAAGGACUCCAAGUCAUCGGAGGAUUAUGAAAAUCAACAAGACGAUGUGAGCUCCGAGAAACCUGAGGAAGAAGCAGCCGAAGAAUCUGAUGACCCCAAGCAAUCACCCAAGUCAGGAAAGGAACCAAGCAAGUCGCAGCCGAAAAAGGGAUCUGAAAAGCCUGACAUCAAGAACAAGAAUCCCAGCACGGACUCCAAAUCAUCGGAGGAUCCUGAAAAUCAACAAGACGAUGUGAGCUCAGAGAAACUUGAGGACGAGGCAGCCGAAGAGUCUGAUGACCCCAAGCAAUCAUCCAAAUCAGCAAAGGAACCGAGCAAGUCACAGCCCAAGAAGGGAUCUGAAAAGCCUGACAGCAAGAACAAGAGGCCCAGCGAGGACUCCAAGUCAUCGGAGGAUCCUGAAAAUCAACAAGACGAUGUGAGCUCAGAGAAACCUGAGGACGAGGCAGCCGAAGAGUCUGAUGACCCCAAGCAGUCGCCCAAAUCAGGCAAAGAACCGAGCAUGUCACAGUCCAAGAAGGGAUCUGAUAGGCCUGAUAUCAAACUUGCUGCCAGAACACAACCGGCAGAUUCUCCCCUCACCGAUGUCUUCCCGACUCCACCAUUUGAAGCAGAUCCGUUUCCAUCUCGACUUGGUCUUCCGAGCGAUUCAAACGACGUGCUAGCUGCCAUCAGUAGAGUUUUACCAGUGAUUCGUGAUAUCGGACCACCGUUCGUUACUACGGGUUCGCCGGAAAUAGUGAAACCAUCGAUGGCUCCGAAAACAUCCGCCUCGUUCAACGGUGACGUGUACGAUGAGGUCGAUGAUGACGAGGACACUGAUACAGUUGAUGCAGUUGCACCAGCGAAGCAAAAUGAUCCGGGAAAACCGAGUCAUUCCACACCACCACCACCGUCGGAUAUGGGCAGCUGUAUUGAGAUCAUACUGAAGGUACCGACCGAUGCCAGGCAUGUUAUCGUGCGUACGGAGCAUCCUCAGUUUAAAACGCAGGAAGGUGCACCGUUGAAUGAGCUUGUCAAUAAGAUUGCGCCUGGUGUGUACGAUGUGCAGUUGGCCAAGUUUGACAAGGUGGUGUUUGAAAGGUAUGACAAAUAUGCAAUCGAUGAAGAACCGCAAACACCCAACAACCUCGGCAAGGCAUUCAACUACGACGAGCUGGUACCGAAGCCAAGCAAUUCGGGCCCCAGCCAACGAGUGCCUGGAGACAGCGUUAAUGCUUACCUGCCCAAGGUUGAUACUGCUCGAUCACGGGUAGGUGGUGUGGAUGAAAAGAUGGCAAAAGCGGACCGGGAGGAGAAAAGCGCUCAAAGCCAGCGUCGUAUUCCGGAUAGAUUUUUAGCGAUGGGCCGACGAGGUUGAAUAAAGACUGGUUUGGAGUGGAAUGUUCGUUAAAAAGACUUGACAUACAGUUCAAUGCAUGUUUCUAUAUGACAAUCAUAAGAAAUAAAACAUGGUGGAAAAAUAGAAAAAAAAAACAA